UCCUCGCCCUCCUCUUUCCCAUCUUGGGAGGUUCAUGUAAGCAACCUCCACUCGCUCUCCAAACAUGUAUCCUUACGGAGCGCUGCAGUGUGAGGUGUGAUAGCGACACUGAGCUCUUACAGCUCUCCAGUGAAGUCUAAAGGAGGAUUGUGGAGGAGAGGGAGAAAACUUCCAAAAAGACAGGAAAAACUGCCACGAGCAUCACAACAAAUUGGCUUCCAGCAGACAGACAUGGAGCCAAAAACUGAAAGUGGAUCAGCAGCGUUAACCAGCGAAGACCUCGCGACUAUUGAGGAUGAAGAGGUUCUUAAUAAGAUGUUGGACAACGCAGCAGAUUUUGAACAGAGGCGAAUGAUCCGUGCUGCUUUGAGGGACUUGCUCAAGAAAAAGAGAGAUAAACGGGAGCAGGAGCGAGGGUCUAGGCAGCAGGACUUGAAACUACAGGGCCUGAGCAAAGGAGGGACAGCAGGAGGAGCAGUUAGUGUAGGCAGAGCGUCCAUGAACCAGCAGCAACCUACAAACAAGCUGUCAAGCCAGCCCUCUCCAACAUUCUCCACUUCUUCUAACAGAACAACAACUGGUCAGGCCGGUCCCGCUGUAGCCUCAGCCCAGAAAUGUCCUCCUGCUGCAGCACCCAAUGCUAAGAAUGUCAAACAGAUGCUUCUUGACUGGUGCAGGGCCAAAACAGAGCCUUAUGAGGGAGUGAACAUCCAGAACUUCUCUUCCAGUUGGAAAGAUGGCAUAGCCUUCUGUGCCCUGGUUCACCGGUUCUUUCCUGAUGCGUUCGAGUACUCCAUCCUCAACCCUAACAAGCCCAGGGAAAACUUCCUGCUGGCUUUCAGCACUGCAGAGAGGCUGGCCGGCUGCCCCCCUCUGCUGGACGCGGACGACUUAGUCCGGAUGAAAGAGCCCGACUGGAAGUGUGUGUACACGUACAUCCAGGAGUUCUACCGCUCCCUGGUGGAGAAAGGCCUGGUCAAAACCAAAAAGAGACCAUAAACUCCAAAAAGCUUUUUAAAAUCUGUUUGCGAGUGCAAUUUAUACACACACACACACACACACAUAUAAUCAUGGGUUAAGGACAAAAAUAUAAUCUAAUGCACCUUUUUCAACAGAUUCUUGUUUAAUGUGUUUGCUGCUGCAUCAUGUAAAUAUAAAUGCAAAGUGCCUAGUGUGCAGUAUCUGUGUGUUAGCAGGGACUUCUGGAUGUCCGUGUGGACAGCUGGCGCUUAGGAUCAGUACAUUCCUCUGAGAUUACACAUCUGCAUUAAUCCCAGUGAGGGCCAUAGACAAGCUGGGAACACAUUUUAUGAUCUUGCUGUUGAGAGCCUGAGAGUGUAAAUAUUAAAGACACAGUUACACACAACUAGCAUGAAUGCAGCUGUUCUCUAAAUCCAACUAUUCUGAUCACUCGAAAACUAAAGUGUUUUUUUUAAUACUG